AAAAACUUUCGAAAAAACAGAAGUGAGAAGUGUCAUAAUAGUCGAGAACUCGAGAAUAUUAAUUUCUUCAAUCAAAAUAACCUUAAAUUAUUUUUACUUGUUAAAGAAGAAUUAUAACUACUUUAAAUCAUGUCUUUAGUAUUAACUAAAGCUGCUUUAGCCUUAAAUAAUGCCGAAAAAAACUUCAAAGUUGUUAAGUUUGAAGCUCAUAAACCUAAGAAAAAGGAAAGUUUAUCAGACGAUAAAAAAAUACAUGAUUUACGAAGCACAAAUUCGCAAAAGAAAGAAGUAGAUCUGAAAAAAAUUCGCCAUGAAAUUGUUAAAUUUGGGAUGUCAGGAUUCGAUUCUACAAAGAAACAAGAAGCCAAAAUAGCCUUAGCCGUAAGUUUAGGUGCCAAGCCACCGAAACGGGCCUAUUUAAAUUAUAAAGAGCUCAUGGCUAAAAGGAAACAAGAAAAAUUAAAGGAAAAUGAGGAAAAGCAACAAAUGAAAUCUAAAAGUAUUCUUCAAACUGUUGGGCAAAAGAAGAAAAAGGGUUCAAAGAAUGAUGUUGGACAUUUACUGAGUAGUUAUGGAAAGGUGCAGAAGAAAGAUUUAAAAAAAGAUAACAAAAAUAAAGGCAACCAGAAAAAGAAGAAUAAAAAAUUAAUUUAAUGAUAUAGUUAAUAA